UCUUGUUCUUUCGUAAUCCGCGGCGCGCUCGAUCUCACAGAGGAAAGUGCCCGCGCGCCUCGCAUCUGCCGGGUUAACGCACUUUGCGCUGUACCGUUGCUCGCUUCUUCUUGCUCGUCUGCGAGAGGAACAAGCACUACGAGGUAAGUUUAUUUCGCGAUUUGUCGGCUUUGUCACUGCAGCUGCGACGAGCGAUACGCUGACUUUUACUUAUUUUUGCCUAUUUCUCUCGUUCGCGUUUAGCAGCCGUUAUUGGUACGCGUAUGCGUUAUAUCGGCGCGCGUAAUCGAACCGCGAGCUACUCUCGUGCGGUUCACCGCGAAACUAAUAAUUUCCAACAAAGUUUCCCGAGUGCUACUCGUUGAUUUUUUUCUUUGCUCAAGGCAAAUCAAACAAACUUGAUUGUCAUGGAGUCGCUUGAGAUCUGCGAAAAAUUAUGUAACGUCUUAGCUAUUAGUCCUCGUCUAUAUUUCCAUAAUUUACAAUUUGCGCGUUGUCAUGUUUGCAAUAGCCUAACGAGCUAGCGACUCAUUGUUGUUCGUUCGCGUACAGUAAAGCAUUCGAUACCUUAUAAUUGACAUAUGAUACUGUCUGAAAACACGUGCCCGCGGAAAUCAGGUAGACGAAUUAUCGCGACGAAAAAAGAGGAUCAAGCUUACAUAACUAUAUAAUCGUAUCUGCGACUAAUAACUCUGGCAAAAAGUAGAAACUCGAUUAGCAUUAUCUUUGGAAAGGCAACUGCGCGUAACGAGCGACACGAUUUCAAAAGUGAAAUGACAGAUAAUUUUUGAGCAGUCGAUCGCCCGUCGGAUAAGAGAGUCAUAGAGCGUAUGGGCGCUCGGGCGGUAUAUUUUUAGUCGUCACCGGCGCGCGCGUACGGCGGUGAGAGUGCUGCUCGUACGAUCCGAUGAGUCGGUGAGCAGGACGGAGAAAGAGCGGCACAUAUAGAGGCUUCCCGCGCCACGACCAGCCAUGAGGUUGCUUGGCUUAGAGUUCGCGCCGAUGAACGUGCCCUUGGAGCGUCGACUGCAAACGGUAGCGGCAUGCGCUUGGAUAAUCGUCACCGCUUUCGGCGGCUUGAUCUCCUGGUUCGUCACCGCUGCCGCACUUAUUUUUGGUACGAUCUGGAUGAGACUGCUUAUGAUCGCUUACCUGCUGUUCGCUUACUACGAUCAAGAUACCAGACUGACUGGUGGUCGAAGCAAGUGGAUAACUACGAAGUUCCGAAAUCUGGCAUGGUGGCGCUAUUUUUGUAACUACUUUCCUAUCAAACUCGUGAAAACGGUGGAUCUCGAUCCGUCCAAGAAUUACCUGUUCUGCUCGUUCCCGCACGGCUUACUGUCGACCGGCGUGACUGCCGCUUUCUCAACCAACGGCCUCGAUUGCGCCAAGGUUUUCCCAGGACUGGACUUCAGGCUUGUGACCCUCGACACGCAUUUUCAGACACCAUUGUUCCGCGAGUAUGUACUUAAUUUUGGUGUGUGCAGCUGUGACGAAAGAAGCAUCAAUUAUUUGCUUUCGACACCGACGACGCAAAAUGACGGGCCCACGGAGGAUCCAGUGCAGGGCCGAGUUGUCAUAAUUAUAGUCGGCGGAGCCGCGGAAGCCUUCAAGUGUAAGCCACGUACUUACCACAUUUUAGUCAAGAGGAGAAAAGGAUUCGUCAGAAUUGCACUCAAGACCGGAACGCCUCUGGUGCCCGUUUUCUCGUUCGGCGAGACCGACUUGUAUGACCAAGUAAACAAUCCAGAAGGAUCUCUGCUCAGAAAGUGCCAAGAGUUCGUCAAGAAAGUAACGGGCAUCGCGCCCGUUGUGCCCUGGGGAAGAGGUUUCUUCCAGUACUCUUUUGGCCUUAUACCCAAUAGAAGGCCAGUCACCGUUCUUGUUGGAGCUCCUUUGGAAGUUCCGAAGAUAGAAGAGCCAACGAAGGAACAAGUGAACGAGUACCACGCUAAAUUCACGGACAAAUUGGUUGAACUUUUCGAAACGCAUAAAAGUAAAUAUUUGCAAGAUUCCGAUAAGCUAUCUCUCAUCCUGGAGGAUUAGAAUU